AAUUUGCAACCAUUUGGUGUCUAUUAUUGUAUUCGUUGUGAAUGUGUAUCUGUACAAAGAAAGAGUCGGGUUGUGGCCAAAGUCAGGUGCAAAAACUUGAAGAAUGACUGCCCGAAGCCUACAUGUGAUGAUCCGGUGCUUCUGCCCGAAAGAUGUUGUAAGACAUGUCCCGGAGAUGAAGAAUUUCCAGAAUUCACAGAAUCUUCCGCCAAAUUGGAGACAAAUAAGACAUUAACAGUGGAGCAGCCGUUGAAUCAGACAAAUAGUGAGCCACCAGUAGAUGAGACGACACCGAAGGCGCCGGCCGUUGGCACGGAAGAGGACGGCGUGCAGAAGAAGUUCAUUAACGACGAGAACCAACAAAACAAUUUGAUUGGAGAGCCGACCCAUAAGUGCUAUUAUGAGGCGAAG